UAAGUCUAUGAUCGUAGCCGAUUUCAAAAUAUUUUGAUAAUUUAUUUCGACAAUUUUUUUCAUCGUUACUAAGUUAUUUAAGAGAGGAAAUUUGCUGAACGUUUUAUACAAGCCUAUUCGUAAAGAAUAAUCACAUGAUUCUAUGAGAAGGACAAGUUUACGCGACUUAACCUCAAAGUGAUUUUAGAUUUUACCAUUUACAAUUGAAACUGGUACCGAAAGUCCAGCAAUUUAUUGAUAAUAAAUAUCGUACGAUGCCAUUUACUGCUGAUGCAGCUGCUCAUCAAAUACAGGAUCGAUUGAAAGAUAUUUACCAGUUGGUGCACAAGAUAGAGGAUGCCCGUAAUCGUUCGGAGCACAAUUUGGGUAACAUCGCUAAGGUCCAUGAAAAAGUAGCACCCGAGGACAAGGUUUCUCCUUAUUUUCAACAGAAACUAAAAAACCUUUAUAGUACCGCCGUGUCGGACACUCAACAAGAAGAAGAAUUAUUACGCAAAGCGCUUACAAAGAUUAAUGAAAUACGAGCUAUAAGAAAUGAACGUCGGAUACAGGCCAGAAAUGCCGGGAACAAAGAGACCAUCAGACGUGGUGCUCUGAUGAAAAUGUUAUUAAUUACUGCUCAAACGCUUCCUCUAUACGUUGGGAAAACACCGGAAGCCAAGGCACCUCCCUUAUGCGGUGCGGUUCCAGCUGAACCAACUUAUAUAGCAAAGAUGGGAGAUAUGGUAGCGGCAUUAGUGAAGGUUUCAGAUGAGGAAGAAAAUUGGAUCCUAGCUGAGGUUGUUCACUUCAAUCCAAUCACGAACAAAUACGAAGUCGAUGAUAUUGACGAGGAGCAGAAAGAUAGGCAUGUCCUUUCUCGCCGUCGUGUUGUUCCUCUUCCUCUAAUGAGAGCCAAUCCAGAAACGGAUGGCCAUGCACUGUUCCCUAAAGGAUCAAUAGUAAUGGCACUCUACCCUCAAACAACAUGCUUUUAUAAAGCUGUCGUAAACCAAUUACCAACGACUGCAACUGAAGAGUACGAAGUAUUAUUCGAGGAUGCGACUUAUGCCGAUGGGUAUUCCCCUCCUUUAAACGUUGCUCAGCGUUACGUGAUUUCCAUUAAAGAAAGUAAGCGAAGCAAAAAUUAAUCGCCCAUAUUUCCAAGAUUCUAUCGAAAGCACGUAGCCCUCUGAAAGUAUUUUUCUAAGUAACAGAUUUAGGACACGAGUUGGUAGAACGUCGAGAAUUUCUCAAAUAAUUUAUUGUAUCAUAGGUAUUAUAUAUAAACUUAAAGUGUGUGUGUGUUAUCAUAGUUACUGUACAAAUAUAAUGAAUUCAGGUUUUACGACAAUACACGAUGUUAAACCACGGGA